AUUUGUUUUUAUUUUUAAUUUCAAACAAAUAAAAAGAUAAGGAAAAAACUGAUAAAUGCCUAAAAAUUUCAUACAGACAUUUUUUUUUAGUAACAUUCGCCAUGUUACUGAACCGAGCAGCUGCUACUUGUAGUCUUUUUAGGUUUAACAAAAAUUUGUUUUUUGUUGGUAAUUAUUCACAAAAAGGACAUAAUCAUGAUGUAAUUUUCAACUAUUUACAAGGAAGGUAUGAAGGCAUCGCUGUUAUUGGCCUUAAUAGACCAGAACAAAAAAACUCUUUUAGUGUCAAUUUAGUAAAAGAAUUGAGUCGGUACAUUGACAAAAUAAAUUAUGAAAAUCUGGCCAGAGUUGUUGUUCUGAGAAGCAUGACUCCAAAAAUAUUCUGUGCAGGGGCAGAUUUAAAAGAACGGGCAGAAAUGACUCCACGAGAGGUAUGUAAUUUUCUGACAAACCUUAGAGCUUUAAUGAACAAGCUUCAGAAUAUUCCUGUUCCAGUUAUAGCUGCUAUUGAUGGCGUAGCUCUAGGUGGUGGAUUGGAGAUGGCUUUAGCCUGUGAUAUUAGGGUAGCUUCUAGCGACUCAAAAAUGGGUUUAGUGGAGACAAAAUUAGCCAUUAUUCCUGGAGCUGGGGGUACUCAAAGAUUACCACGAAUUGUAGGUCCUUCCAUAGCAAAAGAACUAAUUUUCACCUCUAAAAUUGUUGACGGAAAGGCUGCACAUGCUUUGGGAUUGGUAAAUCAUGUACUCGAACAAGAUGAAAAAGGUGAGGCAGCAUAUAUAAAGUCUUUAGAAAUAGCUGAAGAAAUUUUGCCAAAUGGACCUCUUGCCUUGCAAAUGGCUAAGAUGGCAAUAAAUAGAGGAAUAGAAGUUGAUUUGGAAACAGGUUUAACAAUAGAGGAGGCUUGUUAUGCUCAAAUAAUUCCUACCAAAGAUAGGAUAGAGGGUUUAAGUGCAUUUAAGGAAAAGAGAAAGCCAAAAUAUCAAGGUGCCUAAUAAACUGACUGACUUUUAUAUAACUCACACAUUAUUUUUACACUUUUUAUGGUUUAGGUAUAUAAACAAAAAGUUUUUCUAUAUUCCAUACUGUUAUAUUCUAAAAGUAUACUGUUAUUGUUUUAUAAAAAUAUAUUCUUAUACUGGUUA